UGAAUUUGAAGAUUUUACAUUAUCGGAGUUGGAACAGUCAAAAUCGGAGGGUUAUCUAGAAGAUUGAAAGGAUGAGAUCCCAGAAGAAGGUUUAUAUAGUCCCUUUCAUGUAGAAAAUGUGGCGAAUAAGGCAUCAUCUGUGUUGGCCAAAACAAAAGUGGACAGGACUACUAGGGAAAACACUUCUUAAAUUUCAUCCAUCAAAGGAGAAGUUCUUCCAGCACAUAAAGUUAAGGACUCAAAUAAAUAGUGAUGGGAGCUCUGGAAGUUUUGCUGGUUUAGGGGCAAUAUUUGCACUUUUCCUUAUGUGCUAUUAGCAUAUUGGCUUUAAUUGGUACAUGAUUGAUGCUUCAGACGUGAUGUGGAUGAAAGAAGUAUGAAAAGAAGACAGCACAGACCGAAUGAAGGUGAAGCUGAGAUCGAUAUUUCUCUUGCAAAGAGGCGAGUCCAAGCUUCUGAUAUUGGAAUUAUUACAUUACCCCAUAUUCUGCCCAGGUUGUCUUACUAAAGAUGCUGGGAUGCAAUAAGGACAGUCUAAAGAAAGUGUAAAUCUCAACUUCUAAUGGUUUCCAAGUAAAGAGAGGGAAGCCACUAUUAUUACCAUUUUUUGGUCAAACCGUGCCAAAGAGGUGGGGUUGUCAAGUGACCAUGGAUGAAUAUGAAUGUGGCUGCGACAUGAACAAGAAGAAAUUGUUACCCAGUCUGUGACACUGAAACAGUAAGAAGUGAUGGAUUCUUAGAGUGAUUCGUUGAGUACUUUGAGGAGCAUGGCGAGUAUAUAAGUGGCUCAAAAUACUACAUGGAUAAGUAAAGAUCCUGAUGGGAUAAGAACAAGAUUCUUUGUCCCCAAGGGCAUUUCAGUUUAUUGCCUAAUUUGCUACAUCCGCAUCUUCAGGAGCUGUGGAAAAUUAUUUCUGUUUGUUAAUUUACCUAGAAAAUCAACAGAAAAGUAAGGUGCCAGACAUCAUGAUCAUCCAUGUUUGUUUCAUGCUAAUAACUAGCAAAUAGGAUGUGUAUUAGUGGUGUAUGCAGGCCUACUGAUUGUUGUGACUGGGAACUUGGAAGACGGAGUCUCCUGUUUUAUUUUUCAAACUUCUGUGAUGAUGUCUUUGAAGUGACCUGAUGAAGUUUUUACAGCAGUAUAUUGUAUGGAUUGAAGUAUUAGAGAGUGUACUAUGCUGUAGUCAUUUGUCUCAUUUCUCUAGACCUUGUAACAUGGUUAAAAGAGAUAUCUUUCGUCUACUUCUCUUCCUUUCACAAACUGACUGAGAAAUGGAUUGGUUUGUCCUUUUGAAUUGAAAUUAUGUUUCAGGUUGUCCUACCUUAGAUGUUGAGAUGCAAUGACAGAUUAAAGAAAGUAAAAAACUCAAC